AUGAAAUUGUUUGUAUUUGCUGCUCUGGUUGCCGCGGCGUCUGCUGCUCGACUUGAACAUCUUGAACGCUCCUACCUUCCUCCUGACAACCGCGCUCAAAAUGGAAAUGGUUUUGGGUCAGGAAACAAUAGAUUCGGUGUUAGUGGACACAGUUCCAAUGGAUUUGAGUCGAAUGAUGGCGAUGACGUAUUUGGAUCCAACAAUCAAGGUUCAUUCGGAGUUGGUUCAAACGGUCAAAGCGGAUCUCUUGCAUCAAAUAGAUUUGGUGCUUCACAAGGAUCUAAUUCAAAUGGAUUAAACAAGAAUGCAGGUUUUGAGGUUGCUACUUCCAACCAAUAUCUACCUCCUGUUCAAGGACAAUCUGGAUCUGAAGCUGAACCCAACAGCUUUGGCAAUCUCGGAUCAUCCAUCUCACCUGCCUGCAUUUCCUGUGGAGCCUACAAUCAGUACAACCAGGGUGUUCAAAGUCAAGUGCCAAGUUCUAACUACGGAGUGCCUCAAUUGGGAUCACGCAGUGGCUCUCCCUCUGUAGAAUCUAACGGAUUUGAAUCUCAAUCUGGAUCGCAAGGAUUUGGUUCUCAGGCUCAAAUUGGAGCCGCCAAUCGUCAAUACUUAGCCCCUAAGUACUCUGCCCAGAACCCACCUCAACAACCAUUCGAUGAGAAAACUGGUUACAUUUAUUAG